GUCGCCGUUAUCCGGCCUUACGCCGGUGACGAGAAAUCUUCCCGAUGUCAAAACGAAAGAAGAAGAAAGGUUCCUCCACCUCGCGGUCUAGAAUCCCUGGUGCUUCCCAAUUCGCCCGGUUCUCUGCUGUUGUUUCCCUCCCGCAAAAAGUCGGUUCUGGUGGUCCCUCCGCCGGCUCGAGUGAUUCCUCCGGCUCCAGCGUCGCUGUCUCCGUUGAGGACCCUGCUUCCCAGUUAGCGGGAAUCGUUUCCGUGGUGGAUCCGCUCGCGGUCGAUGUGGCUGCGCCAGAUCUGAACUCUCCUCUUGCUAAGCAAGUUGAUCUCUCCUCUUCUGAGAACUCUCAGUCCGCUUCCGUGGGUACUGUUCAAACUGCUGUCGAGGCUGUUGUCUCCGGUCAGGAUUCUCAGAUCGAGGAAGUUAAAUCUCCGGGUCAGACUUCGUCUCUCACAGCUACAGAGAAGGUCCUUCCUGCUCUGGAUAAAAAAUGGAGUAGUCUUCUUGAAGACCCUUCCCAGCUGAAAGAAAUUGGAACUCCAUCGCAGCACAUCUCUGGCGUUCCAUUUGUUCUUAUCCCUGAUGAGAAUAUUGAGGCAGCAAAGGAUGAAUUCAAGGAUUUCAUAUUUGCCCAGUUCCAUGGCAACUUCCCAGAGAUGGGCAGAGUUAUUGGAGUGGUGAAUGCGCUUUGGGCUAGAAAUGGUCCUCGUAUCUUCGUGCACCGUACUGGUCCGGGAGCGUACCUGCUCCGUGUUUCGAAUCCUCGCACAAGGGCUCUCCUCCUUGGUCGACAUGUGUGGAACAUUGCUGGCUUUCCCAUGUUUGUGGCACCUUGGUCGCCAGAAUUUGAGCCUGAUUCGCCUCCUAUCACCUCAGCCACGGUAACAGCUGAAUUUCGUGGAGUUCCGUAUCUGUUUUUUAGUAAACAGAGCCUUAGCAGGAUUGCUACUGCUGUGGGUUCGCCAAUUGCUUUGGCACCCGAAACAGAGCGAAAGGAGACCUUUGAGGUUGCAAAGGUCCUUGUCCGCGUUGAUCUCACCAAAGACCUGCCAUCAAAACUCAUCUUGGGGCUAUCUUCUGGUCGCGAGUAUGAUAUCACUGUCUCUUAUCCUUGGUUACCGGCAAAGUGUAUGGAAUGUAAUGCUUAUGGUCAUGAUCGUAGCCAUUGCAAGCUAUGGCUUCCGGUACCUAACAUGAACAGGAAAAGAAGUAACAGGUCCCGUAGUAGGCCUAGAAAUAAUAGGAGAUCCCGUCAAGGUCGCUCUCCUAUCAAAGAAUGGAAGGUUAAAGAAGGUUCUAAGGUUGUUGUUGAUAAUGAGGUAUCCGAGGCUGUUGAGAAUGUAGAUGGUGCUGAGAGGUCUGGUUUUCAGGUUGCUCAGGAUGUGAAUAUCUCAGUUGAGGGUAAUGAACCAGUUGAGUUGGUUGAGUGUGCAGUUGGCUCAGAGGGCUUAACGGCUGGUUCUGCUCAGGUUGGUGAUGCUGCAGUGGGGUUAAAUAUUUCAAGUACUUCAGAGGCUGAGACUAGUUAUGUUGCUUCAGAGGGUAUUGAGUCUGCUUCGGGUUCAGUGGCUUCUGUUGUUGAGGGUAAAUCAGUUGCAUUGGGUGCCGAGACUUCUUUUGCUAAGGGCAAGUCAGUUGUUGCUGUUGUUGGCAGGGAGGAAAGUGUUUCUAAAGGUUCAGCUUCUUCUGCUUCCCAGAAUCAGCUCCCUUCAGAGUCUGAAGCUCCUUUUAUUCUGGUCUCGCGCCGGAAGAGUGGCCGCAAGGACUUAACAAAAGAAUGGAUUAACAUCCAUAAGCCACUUUUUGGAGCGUUUUUAGAGACGCAUAUUCAACCGGCAAAUGCAGGAAGGAUAAUUAGAGCGAUUCCUGCUGGUUGGAAGGUUUUUGGAAAUUUUGACCAUCAUACCUCUUCCAGAAUCUUUUUGGUUUGGGAUCCAUCGGUCUCUCUUGUAAUUUACAAGAGUUCGGAGCAGCUAGUUACAUGUGGUAUCUUCAUUCAAUCCCAGAAUCUAAGUCUCACGGUCUCUUUUGUGUAUGCUCAUAAUUUACCAGAAGAAAGGCUCCCUCUCUGGGAGGAUUUGUUUUGGCUGAACUCUAACACUCCUGUUGCAAGAUUUCCAUGGGCUGUUGUUGGAGACUUCUAUCAAAUCUUAAGGCUCUCCCACCAUUCUGAACAUCUAUCACAACCGGUUGACACUACUAGGAUGGAUGCUUUUAACUUAGCUCUGCAGGAUGCUGAGCUGUUUGAAGCCCAAGCUAAGGGACUGCCAUUUACUUGGUGGAACAAUCAGGAGGAGAAUCCUUUCUCUAAAAAGAUAGAUCAUGCCUUCAUCAACCAAGCUUGGUCUACCUCUUUUCCUGACUCUUACGCUGAUUUUCUUGAUCCACUACAAUCUGAUCAUGCUCCUUGCCUCUUCCAGCUGCCUUCAGCUCAACGGGCUGUUAGGAAACCUUUUAAAAUUUUUCAGCAUGUGGUGGAUCAUCAUGAGUAUCAUGCAUCUGUUAUGCAGGCUUGGAAUGCUCAGUCUAUUCAAGGAACCUGCCAAUUCAAACUUGUGAGAUCUCUAAGUAAACUCAAGCCAGUUCUUAGAAGUCUAAAUAAGCGCCACUUUAGUGGUAUCUCAGAAAGGGUCAAAGAUCAAGCAGCUAAAGUGUCUGUUCUCCAGAGAGAAAUUUUAUCUAAUCCAGGGGCUGCUGCAGUCCGUGAAGAGCAUAUUGCCAGGGAACAAUGGCACUUCCUUCUUUCUGCAGAGGAGAAGAUUUUUUGGCAGAAAUCAAGAGUCAACUGGAUGCACUUAGGGGACAGCAAUACCUCCUUCUUCUACAAGUCUGUGAUUCAGAGAGCAGCUAGGAACCAUAUUCAUUUCUUGAAAGACAGUAAUGAAAGGAAAAUAGUAGAAACUUCAGAAAUUAGGAGUAUGCUGCUGACUACUUUCAGGGUAUCAUUGGUUGCACCAGUAUGCCAUGCUCUCCUAUUUCUGUUCUUGAGUUGCAGGGACUGCUCUCUUUCCGAUGCAAUGAGAUACAAAGUCAAGGGCUGCAGAAAGCUGUCACUGCAGAAGAAGCAUUCCCUCUCAGGUAUUGCAGAGGUUAUGCGACAUUUCAAAAGUCUAAGUGGUCUUGAUGUUAAUCCUGCAAAGUCAGAGAUUUUCUUUGGAGGUUAUUCAGACAUUCAAGUGGCUGUUCUCAGUGACCUGCAGGGUAUUAAAGUUGGUUCCUUUCCCACUCGGUACUUGGGGCUGCCACUUAACCCGGCAAGAAUCUCUUUCGCCACUCUGCAGCCUUUCCUUGAGAAAAUCACAAACAAGUUACAUGCUUGGACUGUAAGGUUUUUAUCCUUUGCUGGUAAGAUAAGGCUUAUCUCCUCAGUGAUUUAUGGCAUGGUUAAUUUUUGGAGUGCGGUGUUUAAUCUCCCCAAAAGAUUUUAUGCAAAAGUUGACUCUCUUUGUGCAUCAUUUCUCUGGAAAAACAAAGUAACUUCUGCUGUGGGAGCAAGAGUGGCGUGGAUUGAUGUUUGUAAGCCCAAAGAAGAGGGAGGUCUUGGAAUUCGUCUCCUUGAGGAAUUUGCUAUUGUUUUCCAGCUUAAGCUCAUUUGGAAUUUGUUUACAAGUGCUGGCUCCUUAUGGGUGGCUUGGAUAAAAGGUAAUAUUCUCAGGAGGAAGAGCUUCUGGUCACUACAAAAUUCUCCGAGUCUCUCAAGGACAGUUAAUAGCAUGAUUCGCUUAAAGCCUUAUGUCAAAGACUUCAUGCGCUGUGAAUUGAGGAAUGGAGAAACUGCUUCUUUUUGGUAUGACCAUUGGAAUGAGCUUGGUCCCUUGAUUGAUUUAAUUGGAGCUACAGGACCAAGGGUAUUGCGGAUAAGGAAAGAAGCUAUGGUUGUUGAGGCAGUCCAAAACGGUGCUUGGCGGAUGCCAGGUGCUCGCUCAGACUCGCAGCAGCAACUCUUGAUCAUGCUAACAACCAUAACUCCCCCAAGUAUUGAUAAUGGCUCAGAUGUUUACCUAUGGCGCCGUUUGUCAGGAUCUUUCGCAUCUUUCUUCUCAUCUAAGGAAACUUGGGAGCAAUUACGAUCACGUUCUACUUUGGUUCCAUGGAACAAGGCAGCUUUGGAUCGAGCCAUCCGCGACCGUCUCCUCACCGUCCCUGGUUCUUCCAGCAGCUUGGUCUCUCCUCUUGCUUUCUAUUUUGGUUGUGUAAAUUAUCCUUUCUAGCUAGUAUUUCUUUUCUUGUUGUAAGAACUUUGUACAGAAAAAAUCAGAAAAUGGUAU